AUGAAGACGUUGACGGGAUCGCUCGUCGCCUUGACGUGGACGACUUUCUUCUCCGCCUGUGCCCACGGGUGGCCAGCGCAUGACGAGAUCGUCCAGUCCAUCCAGGAACGCGCCACCGCUGACUUCAUCGAUCUCGAGGCAAUACCUGGCUUCAACCUCAGUUCCGCUCUUGACAGCAUCGCGUCGACGUACCUCGGUGACCAGGUGCAAGAGCUGCUACAGCGCAACAGCUCCAAUGUCACCACCAUCGUCGAUGUGCACGCCGGCGGGAAUCCAACCCCCUUCUGGAACGUCAGCGGGCAUCUUAACUUCAUGACGAGCCAAGGCAUCUCGCACGCGGUUGUGGCAUUCUCCUCGCCCGGCGCAAACGUGUAUCCUGGCAAUCGAGAAGCGACCAAUGCGCUUGCUCGGCUGAUCAACGAGCAGUCCGCAGCGUACGCGCGAGUCUACCCCAGGCACUUCUCGUUUUACGCCGUCGUGCCACUGCCAUAUACCCAGGAUGCCAUCGCCGAAGCCAUAUAUGCUCUGGACGCGCUUGGAGCCACCGGUAUCGCGCUCUACUCCAACUUCGAAGGUCGAUACCUUGGUGACCCGGCCUUCACGCCCUUCUUCCAAGCUAUGAAUGCGCGCGGGGCCGACCAGAUCAUAUACGUUCACCCAACGACCCCGUACUUACGCAUCAACGGCUCACUCAUCGAAGCAAACCCAACAACGUAUCCAACCGGCAACAUAGAAUUUUACUUCGAAACCGCGCGCGUACUCCAAGACCUCGCCGUCACGCAGACAAUCCUCAACUUCACCAACAUCAACUACAUCAUCCCGCACGUCGGCGGCGCAUUCCCGUCUGUCGCGGACCGCCUGUUGAAGUCGUUCCCCGCGAUCUACGACAGCACCCUCGAGGCUUUGCAGACACGCUUCUACUGGGAUUCCGCGGGCCUAACGUACUUCCACCAGGUCGGUGGCCUUCUCGCGUACGACAUACCGGCAUCGCAGCUCUUGUUUGGUACAGAUUACCCGUACGCGCCAAUCUUCACGUAUGCGCCUUCGCUGGUAGGGAUUGAGACGUCGCGGUUCGUGGACGAUGCCGAGCGUACGGGUAUCUUCUUUCGCAACGCGCAGAGGCUCUUUUGUAAUUACGCCUUCUAUUAG